AUGGAUAAUCUCUGUCGACACUGCAAUGCCUUACAUUUUAGGGGAGAAUGCGCUUCUGAUAGACAAGAUGAAUUCAAACAGUGUUGUCACUAUGGAUCUAUUCAACUUCCAGAGCUUCUCCCAUACUCAGAUGAAAUCAAAGUUCUUCUCCAAGGAACUGAUAUUGACUCAAGAAAUUUCCGCGAAAAUAUUCGAAGUUACAAUAAUGCUCGCGCAUUUGUAUCGAUGGGAGCUCAGAUAGAUUUACCACAAGGUUAUGGACCCUACUGUUUCCGAAUUCAUGGACAGAUAUAUCAUCGAAUCGGUCCACUUCAUCCUGAACCUGAUCAAAGAGCUCAAUUUGGUCAACUUUACCAUCGAAUUCAUGAUCGACGACUCUACAAUCUCCCAACAGCAAAUGAAGUUGCUGCAGUUUUCGUAGGUGAAGAUAAUGAAGUUCCAACACAUCGACAUAUUGCAAUUCAUCCACGUGGCAAAGAUCUUCAAAUUAUUUCAAUCUUACACACACACUGUGAUCCAAUGAUUUAUCCACUUUUAUUCCCACGUGGAGAUGAAGGAUGGCACCAGGAUUUAGAAAAAACCGAUCAAUCAAGAAAGCGAACAAGAAUAUCAAUGCUUCAGUCUUACAGUUAUCGAUUGGCUGUUCGUCAAACCUUCAAUGCUAUACAUUAUGCAGGAAAAUUAUUUCAACAAUAUAUUGUCGAUGCCUAUGUUAAAACUGAACAAAAUCGCCUUGCAUUUCAUCGACAAAAUCAAAAAGCUCUUCGAGUGGAAUUAUAUCAAGGCCUAAUGGAUCAUUUCGCAAAUGAAGCAGUAAUAGAAGGAUUAAAACCUGGACGAGUCAUUAUACUUCCAUCAAGUUUUCAAGGAGGUCCUAGAGCAAUGCAACAAAAUUAUCAAGAUGCAAUGACAAUUGUCCGAAAAUACGGCAAACCCGACUUAUUCAUCACAUUUACAUGUAAUUCAACAUGGAGAGAAAUUGAAGAACAGCUUUUCCCCGGUCAAACUCCUUCUGAUAGACCUGAUCUAAUUACCAGAGUAUUUAAACUCAAACUUGAUGACCUUAUUGAUGAUCUAUUCAAGAAGCAUAUAUUAGGAAGAACAAUAGCAAAUGUCUUCGUAAUUGAAUUUCAAAAGCGUGGCUUACCACAUUGCCACAUGCUUAUUAUUUUGGACAGUGAAGACAAAAUAAAAGAUGACAAUCAUAUCGAUCGAAUUGUAUGCAGUGAAAUACCAGAUGCUGCUCGAUUCCCACAAUUAUAUGAAUGCGUAAGAAGAUAUAUGAUUCAUGGACCAUGUGGAACAUUAAAUCCACACUCUCCUUGCAUGGAAGAAGGAAAAUGUUCAAAAGAGUUUCCAAAAGAAUUUCAAAAUGAAACUAUGGCAAAUAAGGAUGGCUAUCCACGAUAUCGUCGAAGAGAUAAUGGAAUUACUAUGACCAUUGGCAAAUAUGAAGUUGAUAAUCGAUGGAUAGGACACGAUUGUGCUAACAUUAAAUUGGAACGACCAAUUCAACAAGGUGCUGCUGCUCAAAAAACUUUAGAAUUGGAUGAAAUUAAAGCACAUCUUGAUGCAAGAUAUUUUAGUGCACCUGAAGCUGCAUGGAGACUUUUUGAAUUUCCAUUAAACGACAAGUCUCAUGCAAUUAUCCGAUUAGCUGUUCAUCUUCCAAAUCAACAACCAGUUUAUUUCGCUGAAGAAAACGAACAACAAGCAUUAGAAAAAGCUGUCUCAAAAGACACCACACUCAUAGCGUGGUUUAAAUAA